AUGAACACUAUGGAAACUCUUGCUAAGGUAAAUUACCGUCACCAACCUCUUAUUCCCUUACUCUAUCCUCACAGUCCAUCUUUUUGUACACCCAUUUCUUCUCUCUCCUUCAGAAACCGCUCUCCUAGGCUAUCAUCACCACCUCUCAAAUCUUCAUCCUCAACUUCAAGCAUUCCAAUCAAAUCCUCAUCGUCAACAUCAUCUAACUCUCGUCUUCCAAACCCCCAAACCCCCAAAACCCAACUACUUGAAACCCUAAACCCUUUCCUAUUCUCUCUCCUCAAAACCACCUUCAUUGCCGUCGUCACCGCCACUGCUCUCUUCUUCGCCAAAUUCAACCUCAAACCCGCCAUUGCAGCCCCGAUUUCACUCCCACCCACCGUUGAAAGCACCCAAAGCGAAACCGUUUCGGAGGAAGAAAAUGAGAAAGAUAGAGAGAAAUCCCUUCGAGAGCAUUUGCAGUCUCACCCAAAUGAUGUUGAAGCUCUUCGAAGCCUGAUGGAGAUUCAAAUAAAAAAUCAGAAAGUCCACGAAGCCAUAAGCAUUAUUGAAAGGUUGAUUGAACUUGAGCCCAGUGACAUUGAAUGGCCAUUGUUGAGAGCCCACAUGCAUUGCUAUGGUGGAGAGACUGAGUUGGCCAAAAGUAGGUUCAAUGAAAUAAUCGAUAAAGACCCUUUUCGUGUCGAGGCUUAUCACGGGUUGGUAUUAGCAGCUUCUCAGGAGGAUUCGAAUAAUGAAAUGAAGGAAAUUGAGAAUAGGAUUGAGGAGGGAAUGAAGAUGUGUAAGAAAGAGAACAAGAAGGAUGAUUUGAAGGAUUUUAAGCUUUUACUUGCGCAAAUUCGGGUCAUUGAAGGGGAUUAUAAGUAUGCUUUGAGGAUUUAUCAAGAGCUUGUGCAGGAGGACCCGAGGGAUUUCCGACCGUAUCUGUGUCAGGGGAUAAUAUAUACUUUGUUGAAGAAGAAAGAUGAGGCUGAGAAGAAUUUUGACAAGUAUAGGAGGCUAGUUCCAAAGGGGCACCCCUAUGCGCGGUAUUUUGAUGAUAAUAUGAUUGCAACGAAGCUUUUUGCUCAAAAGGUGGAAAAUGAGAGGGCAAAUUCAAAGAGCUAAGGAAUUGGCGAUUGGUUUAGGGCUCUUUUGAGGUGUAGUGAUGGCGGCUAUUCACUUUUAGCAAGUAAAGCAGGUACUUAGUAAUUUGCCGAUGGGCUGUUGAUUAAAGUACCACCCCUACCAUGAAGUACUGUUUGUUGCAACUCAUGCAAGUUUUGGGGGAAGAGAGAGGAAGUUCUCGACUCCAUGGUGAUCAUGGUUGGGAGCUUGACUUUGAUGGCACCGCCCUAUUGAAAAGAAGAUGAUACAUCAUCAUUUAGGAAAUAUGUAGGCUGUGUGUGUCCCUUUGGAAGAUGGCAUAAUCCGGAAUUCUGGUCUUUUGGUAUUGAUUUUCUUUCAUAGAUUCCUUUUAUCUUUGUCAUUAUAUUGAUUGGACAUGCCUCCUUUUUUCUUCCACAGUCUUGUAAAAUGUUCUUACCAAAAAUGGACUAUAAGCCUUUCCCAUGCUGAGAUAUUAUUCAAAUUGAUAUCGAGGGUAUUCAUGUCUAGUCCAUAUAGGUCUCGCCAUUAUUAUGGACAUGUUUGGAUGAUUUGGGGUAGGGAGAUUGGAUUGG